GCUGCAUUCACACUUGGAGCGAUUUCACGCAGUCCGGCGGCGCGGUGAGCCUGGCGGGCUGCAAAGCCAGUCGCGGAGGAGGUGGCAUUUGCUCGCGUGGCAACAUUACGAUAGAGGAGAUGGCCACGCUGACCAUCGGGGACUCCCAGGCUGACAGAGGCGGAGGCAUCCUGACGACGUGGAUCCACAAUAAGGCAAGGCGGCUGCAGGUGUUCAACUGCUCUGCCGCGAGCCACGGCGGCUGUGUCUACGUGAGAGACGGGGCCGAGCUCGCUGCCCCGCUGUCUUUGAGGGGCUGCAAAGCAAAAGGCACAGGUGGUGCCAUCUAUGCCCAAGGAAAGCUCGUGUCGCAGCAGAUCAGCUGCACCCAUUGCCAUGCUCCGACUUCAGCGUGCCUGCACCUGGAGUCUGGCGAGGCAAACAUCGCAAGCCUGAUGCUUCACAGCGGAUCAAGUCUCGUGCCAGCGUCUCCAAACGUUAUUGCGGCUGGAGAUGAAGCGGUCGUGACGCUUGACAGAGUGGACUGCAGCGAAGUACCCGGCUGCACCCUGGCUGUCGCGCAGAUGCAGCUGGCACGGCUCCUGUGUCAGCGAGGAGAGAGCCGCCAAUCCCUGGCAGACGACGAUAGCACGUCGUGCCGAGAAUGCCCAGCGAGACAGAUCCGCCUCGUUGCGGUCGAUAAGGAAGAUGCCCGCUGCACUCCGUGCCCCAACAUGGGGAACGUCACCAUUGGCUGCACAUCCACGGAGCUGCGUGUGCCGCCCGGCUACAUGGUGGAGUUCGAUCGUGACGUGGCCGCCGAUUUCUCUGCCUGGUAUCGGUGCCCCAAUGAGAUGGCCUGCCGCGGCGGACACUUCAAUGCCAGCAGCGUCCCCGGGGCGCGCGCGGAGGAGCUGGAGCCCAUGUGUGAAGAGGGUUAUCGUGGCCCCGGGUGCACGAGCUGCACUGAAGGCCACGCGCGUGCAGAUGCAGAUGUUCUGCAGUGCAUCCCCUGCGCCAACUGGACAACCUCACCAAAGCAGGUGGUGUGGUACGUCAGCUUCUUUCUCUUGAAGAACCUGGCCCUCUUCGUUUCGGCCGUUGUCAGUGUGGAGGGCAGCGGGGGCAAAAGGGCCGCCAGUGCCACGCUGCUGAAUCAGGCCAUGUCCUUCGCCGCUGUAGCCGGUGUGACCAUGUCCGGCGCCAUGCAGACGGGCACUUUCAAGAAAGAUCUCGACAAUGCAGCAAAGGUUGCCCUCCACCUGUUGGCUGUGCCGGCAUCCGUCGCCCAGGGGCAAGGCUCCAGUGAUGGCGGCGGCAGCAGCAGCAUGUCAGGCCAGUGCCUGCUUCAGCUGCUUAACAUGGACAGCGGCAUCCACCACGUCCACAUGCUAAUGUCCCUCUGGCCAGCGCUGCUUGUGGCAGGUCUCGCCGUGUUGAAGGGCGGCUGGCUUGCGGCCGUGGUUGGAAGCAACGUGUUCCUGCCAGCCUUCAUCGCCGGAUUCGGAAAGUACCUCGUGGCUUUCCGGCUGCGGCCUGAAUCAGAAAACGAGGCCCUGGCCUUCGCGCUGCAUCUGGAUUUCCUUCCCCCCGACCCGCAGAUGAGUUCCUACGUUCCGCUGCGGAUCGCAGCAGUGCUGGGUGCCAUCGUGGGCUUCUCCGCGCUGAGCGUGUGCAGCUGGAUCUACACUGUCAGAACCCGAUCGCCGAAGGAGACACGACCGCACGUGGCCUAUUUGAUUCAGGCAUACCGACCUGAGUGUGCCAUUUGGGAGGUGGAGCGGCUGAUGCGUAAGGUGGUCCUUUCGCUGAUCGCCACCGUCCUGCCUGUCACUUUGUCGCCCGCACUUCAGAUGGAAGCCGUGACUCUGGUUCUCAUCGCGUCCCUGGUGGCGCAUUUAUACUUCUGGCCAUAUCAGGCAGAUGACUGGAACCGUGCAGAGAUCGGCCUUUUGAUUGUGAGCCUGACCAUAACAGGCCUGACUACCUGCCUCAUCGCCAACGACCUGCACUGGGCGAAGUCCACUUUGACGCAGCGCGUCCUGGUGUUCCUGAUUUGCUCUAUUGCUGGAGGAAUUUGCAUCGUCAUGCUGGUCACCUUCGCCCUGGCGUACCUGGCGGAGCGGCGCCAGAGGGCCGAGGCCAAGAAGGCGGAGGAAGCGUCAGCGUCGGCUGCCAGGCGCCUGAGCUGUUGCGGGGGUUCGGUUCUUGAGAGCAACACGCCAUCUGAAGCAGCAGAAAACUUCGUUCUGAUCAAAGCCUCGAAACGAUGGUUGCAGCCAACCCGCAGCCGGGGUUUGCAACGAGACCGAAAUUGGGGAAUGCUGAGGUGCAGUCGUGGGGUGUGUGUGUGUGUGUUUGUUUGUGCGCUCUUAUAA